AUGACAAUUGGGGGAAUGUUGGCCAUUAUGACAGAGGUCGCCCAGAACAGCGAAGCCGAGGCCAAGGAUACGGAGCAGGGACAAACGAGGACCAGGAAAAGCACAGCUGCAAAGCUACCUGCAGAGGGAUUCCUGUCUAGGACCCUGCUACUGCAGUUGUCGUUGACUAACUCUCAGCAGUUGAUGAUUCCCCAGAGUAGACCCAGCCAGCAUGCUGAACGGACGGCCUGGGCUGCUACAGCUGCGUGGUGUGAGGCGAGUUCGGCCCCGCCGUUGGCCCCAAUCGGUUCCGGCGAGAUCCCGAUCAUCGAUGCCUCUCAAUCUCAUCUCUCGUGUUGCUCGCUCGCUCGAUUUUCUCGCUUGUCGCUCACCGAUUGCCCAGCUCACUGCUGUUUUUUCGGGUCUGGUCUGCUGCAGCUGUGCGAAGUUCAAACAUGGCGGCAGACGGCCAACCGCUUUUCGUCCGUCAUCCGUGGUGAACAUUCACUCUCAGUCUCCAAUGCUUCUCCCGGCGCAAGUCGUCUGCAUGCUUCCCCCGUGGGCCAUGCCAUGUUCCCUCCCAACAAGCAGAUUCCCCAAAACCUGGGCCCCCGUGGAAGUCCGCAUGAUGCCCCAGGGGACAAACUCCCCCAAGUUUGGGACAUGGGAUACUCAGACAACCACACCCUAAAGCCCCCCCGGCAGCCAGGCCACCACGCGCGCGACUGA